CAAUCCGAAGAGCCAAUCAUUGUCGGCGAGAGGCGGGGCCUCGAGACCCGUUGCCAUAGGCGGAAAAGGCUGGAGCGCAGCCGCUUCGUUUCUCAAUCAAAGGGCUAAAAUGGAGGCGUCUCUGGGACGACUGCUUUUGCCGCUGUUGGUGGUGCUGACGGCAACAUCUUUAGCGACGGGCUGGGAGCAGCCGGAGAGAGUCCUAUUGCGCGAAGUCCAAGCCCUGACACUCUACCAGGCAAAGUACACCAAUUAUAGGAGGACAUCUCCAGUGCCCCAAUUGCAAUGUACCGGAGGCUCAGCUGGAUGUACGGCAUAUACCCCUGAUGUUGUUCAGUGUUACAACAAAGGUUGGGAUGGCUAUGAUGUGCAGUGGGAAUGUAAAGCACAUUUGGAUGUUUCAUAUCGCUUUGGAAAAAUUGAAGUAAGCUGUGAAGGCUACGAUUACCCAAAUGACCCUUUCAUUUUAAAAGGAUCAUGUGGCUUGGAAUACACGUUAGAGUUAACUAAGAAAGGACAGCAAAAAUCUAACACUUUUUCUGGGACCUAUUAUUCUCCAACUUCUCAUGAGUCAUUUGGUUCCGGAUUUGGAGUGAUCCUGGUAAUAUUAUUUGUUGCUUUUGUUUUUGGCAUCUACAAGCUAUUCCUCUGUGAUAACCGACAACAUAAUGUCCCUAAUGAUGAUGUAUAUUCAGGAUCCUAUGGGCAAAGUUAUCAAAGCCCACCUCAGCCAGGAUUUAAAUCAAAUUACACAGGAGCUGCUAGUGGGUCCAGCUAUGAUUCCAAUUCAGGUCCAGGUUUCUGGACUGGAUUAGGUGCCGGAGGACUUCUUGGAUACUUGCUUGGCAACCGAAGGUCACCUUCAGAUCACAGGUAUUCUCCUUAUUAUAGCACGUGGGCUGGUCCAUCUGUUCAACCUCCAUUUACUGGUUCAUUUGGCAAUUCAAAUAGCUGUUCAACAUCUUACAGUUCAGAAACAAAACCUACCUCUGGUUUUGGAAGUACCAAAAGAAGAUGAAGUUUGACUUCCACUCUACCUAAGCGAGUGAAUAAAGCAACAUUUUGGCAAUUCUGAAAUGUGCCCUUAGUCUGCUUGCUAGAAUUAUAAAAUUCUAACUGUUUAUAUUUGUAUCUGUGCAUCUCUAAAAAAAAUUGCUAAAUUUAUUUUGGAACAGUAGCUUUUAACAAAAUGGGGAAGCUUCUCAAGUAAUUUCUAACAUGGAACUGUGUUCUAUAGAAAAGGGAAGAUAAUAGGGUAGCCUUCUGCAAUCUAGUGCCUUUCAAUGAAUUGGAAUAUCUCUCCUAGAAAUAAUAGCUUGACAUCAUGUUGGAGACUAAAGAUUGGAAUAUCAGUAAUAAUUGUAUUUUUUAAAAGUUGAAAAUGCCAUUUUCUAAGGCAGCGGCGCCCAAUCUUUUGGGCAUCAGGGAUCUGUUCCAUGGAGAGAGGUUUUUCACGGGGUAUGGUUCCGUGUGCUACCUGUAUCCCGCAGAUCAGGCUUCGCUUGUUUGCGUGGACUGGCUUCUGGCAUGCCAUGGACCGGUGCCGGCCCAUGUACCGGGGGUUGGCCUUAUUUUAAGGCCUCUCUGAUAAUGGCUAUUAUACAUUAUAAAAACAAAGAAGGAAACAUUAUUUGGAAUAGUGUACUCUUUGGUCUGAACAGACUGAUCUAACCAACAGAAGAGAUAUCUAUCUAUUUUCUUUUCUUUACAAUAGUUCUUUAGAAAGACCUGAGAUAGAGAGAGAAAAGUCAACUAGAUAGUAAUUCCACUAGAUUCAGUGGAAUUAUCCUUUACUAGAUCAAGCAUUACUUUCUUGGCAUGGGACAUAAAGGAUACAAGGCAUUGGGGACUUAUCUUUACUGGGCAUCUUGUUUAUUUCCAAUUAAAUGUAUUUUCCCCUCUUUCUUUUGAUGUGCCGCUUUCUAACCUUUCUUCCUAGCAUUUUGUGAAUAUUUUCUUACUUUCCAUUUCUGUAGGAAAUUAAAUUGGUGAGAAAAUUAACAGCAGCCCCAAAAGUUUGUAUUUAAAUUUCAAAAUAAAGUAAUGUCUGAAAGUA